AGAUCUCAAAGCCACCCAGAUUUAUCGUUCUUCCUCCAAUUUUGUCCAGACUGUUUCUUCUCCCAUCCAAAGUGUGUUCGUUCGUCUUGUCUUCCUCCUGCUAGUUUGUGGAGGAGACAAUGUUUGCCCAGAUACCACAAAACUCCCAUGGAGCAGCAUCCGCCACUAAUCCUGACCUUUAUGAGGAGGUGAAACUACACCGCACUGCCCGUGAAAGAGAAAAAUAUGACAACAUGGCUGACCUUUAUGCUGUAAUUAACACAUUACAGAGUUUAGAGAAAGCAUAUAUCAAAGAUGCUGUCCUACCAAAAGAAUAUACAGCAGCCUGUUCCAAACUGUUAGUCCAAUACAAGGCAGCAUUCAAACAAGUUCAAUGUAAUGCCUUUCCCACUGUUGAAGACUUUAUGAAAAAAUACCGUCUUGACUGUCCUGCUGCCUUGGAACGGAUAAAAGAGGAUCGCCCUAUUACCAUCAAAGACGAUAAAGGAAACACAAGCAAAUGUAUUGCUGAUAUUGUAUCACUUUUUAUUACAGUUAUGGAUAAACUAAGAUUGGAAAUCCGUGCUAUGGAUGAGAUUCAACCAGACCUUCGUGAAUUAAUGGAGACUAUGACGCGUCUAAGUUUAUUACCUCAAGACUUUGAAGGAAAAGAAAAAGUAUCAAAAUGGUUGACAACCCUCAGUGCAAUGCAUGCAUCAGAGGAACUCAAUGAUAACCAAGUGCGGCAAAUGCUGUUCGAUCUGGAGAGUGCAUACAAUGAUUUCAACCGUGUGUUGCACGAUAACAUCUAAUAUAUAAAAAA